UGGUGAUCUGAGUCCGCACAGCAACGACACACGACGAGCGAGACGCGCACGAGACGGAAGAAAUCUGGGAAAACUCUCCGUUCUCGACGUUUCUGCGCAAACCACGGUCUCCGGACAAGACGAGCUAGGCACCGCCAUGGAUUUGAAAGUCGUGCUACUGGCGUCGGUCGUGGCCGUGCUCGGCGCAUCGGCAGCCGCCGCAUACGAUUGUCCCACACUGCUUACAUGCGAGUUAUGUGCAGCCAACAGUGAGUGCCAGUGGAUGAACUGCACGGCAUCUUCUUUCUCCUGUCUCAAUGUGAAUAAUAUGACAGACAACACCACCUGCGACCACGUUAAUUGCUCAGCUAACAACCCCAUGGGCUCCCUUGUUCCCUUGACUUCUUCCUCUCCCAAUACCAGCAAGCCUGCCACAGUCUCCCCCACUAUUGCAGCUACCAGCAGCCCUCCCAGCAACUCCACUCAUGAGCCAACCACAGGUGCAGCUAAUACAUCAACUCCUACCACUGCUAACACCACUGCCCCCAGUGUGAAAACUUCCACCCUUGCCCCCAGCACUACGACUCAUAAUGCAACCAUCAUAACCACUGCCCCCCCGGUGGCGCCCUCUCCCGCCCCUCACAAGGACUCAACGUUCGACGCUGCCAGCUUUAUUGGUGGAAUCGUGCUGGUGUUGGGCCUGCAGGCCGUGAUCUUCUUCCUCUACAAGUUCUGCAAGUCCAAGGACCGCAAUUACCACACCCUCUGAAGCAACCCCACUGUACGGACCCUUUAGAAACCACAGCACUCUACACCCUCGCCUCCACCCCGUAUUCCCAACGCCAAGUAGAACCUUCUAAUCAGACUCCCUGAACAGCAUGCACUCUCAUUCACUCAUUAUGACUGCCUCAAACAGUGUUUUCAAGUGGUUGUUCCUGCAUCUUUGGCGUUGCACAGAUUCUAGUUGGGCUCUGCCCAAACGCUGCAGUUGUAGUCUGUGUGGAACCGCCCACACCUGCCCGAAUGCAAGCUAUUUACAUAGCACCAGCUAGUAAAACCGAAACCAUCUACAGUGCUGCAGCUUGUCCAUUUUCCCCCAUGCCAACUGGAGGGAGUUCAUGUUAUUUACAGCCCCUCUCUGCACGGUUCCCGCUUUAAAGUUUUCACCAGUUAAUGCACCAUUCAUUUAUGAAAACUGUUUUCCUGUAGAUGUUUAGCUGUAAGUGUAGCUGUGAGUUGGUCAGAUUGACACUCAUGUUAUCUUGCUUUUGGAAACACUGUUUGAGUUCCAUAUCGUUGUUUGAUGAGAUAACUGCAUGAUCCAACUUUGGCUUCAUUCUUUGAGUCAUGGGCAGACUCCUCACUCCCAGGCAACAUUAUCAUAUGAAUCUAACUUCAGAGCUCCCGGGCGAGGUGAAAAGUAACAAUUGAAUGACAGCAAUACUCCCCCGUCCUUCAGUGUCAUGUUGAAAUACAUUGAUCCUUCUAGGUAAAUGUUUGUCUGAAUAGAUCGGACAUCUUUGAGCUUUAAGAGUGCUGUGCAUUUUCCCCGUUUAAUUGUCUGGGGUGACCUUUGACCCCGAUCCCAGUAGUCUAACAUGACACACAUCAGCUGCUAAUAGAGCAGGUCAAUGCAAUAAACCACAAACCAAGUUCAUUUUUCAACCCUUAAACCCCGCAAUAGUCAUUUCUCUCCUUGAACAACUUCAAAACCUACUUGGUCGGCUCGCUAAACUUGAGCAGGCCCCCCAGUCUCAACCUGACGGGGGCAUAGGGGUCAAGUUUAAAGCUUGUAAUUUUUAUAUUCACACACACACACACACACACACACACACACACACAUAUAUAUAUAUAUGUGUGUGUGUGUGUGUGAAUAAUUGAUUAGUAUAAAUAACGCAUAAGAUGGAGAAUGAGCUAAGAAAGAUGGCAUGCACCUUUUUGAUGUGGAUGAUGCGAGUAGUGAAGUGCCUUUAAUGUAAAAUGUGUAAUAUGACUUUCAGAGAGGGGAAUAUCAGAGAGGAUGAGUCUCUUCCUCCUGGCUGAGGUGCGGGUGUUGUAUUUAGUGUGUGUGUUGGCGGCCUCGUGAGAGAAGCGGUAUCGCUGUGCUGAUAUUUGUGAACAGUGAGAACCCUAGUAUUCCAGCUGGACUGAAGAGCCUAUUAGCGAUUGAAGAGUACAGUUGACACACAUUAACCACUCAUGGUCUUUAAAGAAUCUUGAAGGUAUGCUGUAGAUUAUCGAUAUCUGACUGACAUUUCCCUUAAACGCAGAUGACUUCUUUUUUCUUUCUUUUUUUCUCCCCUAAAGCAGUUCCUCAUGUUCAACUCUGGCCCCACCGCUCUCUGGUAUUAAUAGAUAAUUUAAUGAUUAAACCAAAAUAUUUAAUGGGAUUAAUUCAUUGUUGUAGAUGAACAAAAGAGGGACUGGAAUCAGACAAAGUUUUGGACAGUUUGAGUUACAUAGUCCUCAUUCUUAAAUGGACGGUGGCUGUCUGAAUUUGUGGUGUAAAAGAUGAUCGCUAAAUGGAGUACUGAAAAGCAACAACUAGGUGGCCAACAUGGAGUUCAUGUAAAGUUAUCCAAUUAGCUUGCUGCUAACCACGUGGAUUUUUUUUUUACCUCCCCUGACCCACAUGUACAUAUAGAUAUGUUGUCUCUUUCGUUUUAUCCUCUCACUUUCAACUCGUGUAAAGGCAAAAUGAAGGAGUGCUUUUCAACAGCUUUUGCUUGCAGCAGCUUGUCAGUGCCAAGACUUCAGUUUCAAUUUAGUAUCUAGUAUUGUUUUUGCAUGCACAAUGCUUGGAGUUGUGAUUUUUUUUUUCAUUGCAUAUGCCCUUAAGGAUUUAUGUGUACACUAUAAACCACUUGAUUUGUUUUAACCCAUGUGUUAGUGGCAGGAAUGCUUUGGAACGGAAUUAAUUCAAGCCAAAGUCCUCAGUUUUGGCAUGGUAAAUGGUGCAUUGCACUGACAAAGCUUUGUUUUGUAAGUUUUUGCCUUUCUAAAUGUGUUCAUGGUCAAAAAACAAACAAACAAAAAAAAUCACAAAUGCUUGUUUAAUCCUGAUUAUUUAUCAGAUAUUGGGAAAUGAUCACCUUGCUGUUCGGUAUGACCACAGACGGUAUGUAAUAUGUGAAGUGCACAUGUAACUUUUUGGCCUGGGUUACCUCUGAUUUAAUGUAUGCUCUUGAUCACCAUUAACACGCCUUUUUAGGACUUGACCUACAGUCACCUGGUGGCAUUAGGCCACAGCCCAAAGACCUAGACCUAGCUGUAGUGAGUAAGUUGGCUAUGUUGCAGACUUUGCCUUAGCUGUUCCCAUCUGCUGAGUGGCAAACGGUUCAGAAGUCCGUCAAGGAACCCUUUUGUGGAGUGCUUCUCUCGUUUUGGACAUGGUUGCUGCAUUCCCUUAAGAAAACAGCAUCAUGCGUUGGCAUAGCGGUGUCACAAACCAUCACCAGUUUCUGUUGACAAUAGACAGAUGUCCAUUGUUGUCCCCCUGUUAAGAGCUUGCCCUACAGGUGAAAGGUCAGUGUACUCGUUGUUAGGAAAAGUGCCUUAUUCAGUUAAAUGUCCAUGUAUAAAGACUUUCAGUUUGUCUCCUGUCAUAGUUUGCCAUUCCUGUUUAAUAUCAAAAGGAUUCAGCACUUUCAGACACUGCUAAAGUUGUUCUGUGUGUGAACAUCUGUUUUUCAGACCCCUUCUCGGCAGUGGUUUAGCAACAGUCUUCAAAUAUAUUUCUAUUGCAACAUUUCUUCCAUAAAGGCAAGAGUCACAGUGUGACGAGCUAUAGCUUUUAUCGUAAAUGUCCACCCUUUUACGGGACAGGACUGUCCUUUGUCACCUUUCUGAAUUCAAAAUGUUGAAUCCAGCUUGCUUGUUCUUCUUCACGGCUUCACACCAGCUUUCACUCUUGCAGCGCAGAACUCCCAAGAACGAUAACUGAAAAAGCUUUCAAAUUCCCCUCUCUUGCCUUGAUGCAUAUGCACAUAUUGCCAUAAUUUCCGCCAGUUGUAUUAGAGACCACCGGUCUUGUCGGUGUGACUCCGACUCUUCUCUUACCCCACUUCGACACACACGCGGAGUAAUAUGGAGACACUUGCAGGUGCCACAUUGCCUACUAUAAUGUUUUAUGCUUGUUUCGUGUCCUUUUGUUCCCUCGAAUCUUGUUUUUCUUGCCUCUUUUUUGUGUUGCCUUUUAGUUUGACAAUGUUUAAAUCAAUAAAGUUUGAGUUGUUAAAUAAUUUAC